AUGAGGACCCUAAAAAGCGCUCCACCAGGAAAAGACUUCGACCCAGACAAUGUUCAGGAGGGAUUUUUAAAGGGUUAUUAUUUGAAACAAGUUUUUCGUCACAUAUUUACAUCUCCGUCAUCUGCACUCAUUCCGGAUGGAGAGACGAGCACCGUUCGCACUUGUAAUGCCAAGCUACAUGGCAUGGAAAAGGUUGAACCUGAACACAUUGCCUAUGUGUUCAUCCAGAGUCGAUUUGGUAUCACUGCACGUGACAAGUGGCAGGAAACUGAUGGCUAUUAUAAAGCGGUAUUUGGUAACAAGAAUGGCCUCGUCGUCGUCGAUUUGAGGGAGGAUGAUGAUGACGAUGACCUCGUUGUGAUGAAGAGACAGCAUGAAUUGCGUGUGGCUGCCAUGCAUCAGAAUACGCAAUUGCCUGAGAAUACAACUGUGGCUCCAGCUAUUGCUGAAGACCCUGCAACAGCACCCCCGACUUCUAUACAACAAUCCGAGGCUGCUGACUUACCGCCGGUUCUGCCCCAUGCACCCCCACUGUCAUCUGUGACGCAUCAUUCUGUUGACUCAGAAAUGGAAUCUGCAAAAUGGAUGUUUGAAGACUUCCAAGAUGAUGAUCCUCUCACCAAAGAUAAAACUGACGUGCCUGCACCAUCAAAAUGCGCCAGGAAGGCUCACAAGACUCCCAUGGCCUCGAAGAAGAUGCGCAAGGGCAGAAAGUGA